AUGGCGGAGGAGGAGGAGGAGUGGAGAAGCGAGGGCACUCAGCUAGAGCAAGAAAAUUGUGAUGACGGGGAUGGUGACGACACUGUGACGGAGGGCGGAGACAGCGGAAACGAGUCAGAGGACGACCAAGGCGACACUCAAAUCGCGGCGCAGGACACUGACCUGGACGCAGGUGGUGUAGCAAACGCGGAGAGCAACGACCCUGCGCGCGCCAUGAACGUUGCUUUCGAAGAAGAGCCAGCCAGUGUAUCAGGUGGUGCCGCGGGCGGUGGUGCUGGCGGCGGAGGGGGUGCGGGAGGAGAGGAAAACGAGCAGUGUGAGCCAACGCAGCCGACACAGGUUGACAGCCCCGACGCCCCAGCCCCCCCACCCACCGCCGCCCUCGACAACCAGGAGCAGGAUUUGGAGGACACCAUGUCGCACAACCCCGCGUCGUUGGGAGCAAUGGCAGAGGGCGAAGCAGCGCUGACAACCGAUCCCGCCCCCCAGCCGAAGCAGCAGGCGGUAUCGCCAGUCCCUCAAGCAGCCGGUCGUGCCUUAGUGGCGUGUGCGGCGGACCGGCGCAGGACGCCUUCCCCUCUGCGCAGAGCCGGCCGUGGCAGCGGCGUUCUGCUGCUGGCGGGCGGCGGCAGCGGCGGGGAGGCUGCUGGUGGGUACGGGGCGGCGGCGGGAGACAAUGAAGCGGGGACGAGCUCCGGCUUCCUGAACUCGGCGGAGCCGUCGGUGAAGGCGGCCCGGGCCCGAGCCGCUCUCCCCUUGUGGCCGUCGUCGUCGCCCCAUCCCCUGCCCGAAGGCUGGCUGGACGACGGGCUCGGCGUUGCUGCACCAGCAGCACCAGCAACAGGCGAACCCCAAGCGAAACCGCCGAAGAGCAGGAAGAGUGAGCGGCGUGAGCAUGCAACGAAGGGGAAGGGCGCUGGUGCUUCGACGCUUGCAGCCGCCGCCCCGGUGAAGCACGUGCCCCCCAAGAAGACAUCGCCGACCAAGGCCGUCGCUGGCCGUGGCGGCUGGAUACGGACCAAGGUCGGCGGAAACGCGCAUCUGCCGAGGGAUUCCGCUUCGCAGGACGACGACACCGGACUCGCCGCCGCCCUCGACGCUCGGGAAGGAUCGGUAUCGCAAAACAUUUUCGCUAUCGGAGUGCCGGAGGAGCGUCGCUUGGUGGGCGCUGCUGCCGGUGCCAGCGCUACCGCCGAGAUGGAUGAGGACGAGGAUGACGAAAACGAGGACGGAGAUAUGUUUUUGACAGGCAUCGGAGGAACGACGGUGGACUCGCAGGAGUUCAAGGCCGACGAUUUUUCACAGAUCAGGAAGGGCUGCUCGCAGGAGAAGAACGAGUUCGACCGUUUGCUGGAUGACGAGAUAGCUGGCGCAGCGUCCACCGGGCAGGGAAGGGAGGGGCCGAAGCAGGGCUCAGGCGAUGGCGGGGAGGAGCUACCUUCGGCAUCCAACGGCGGUGGAGCUGCCACGUCCGGCAAACGCAAAAGGAUGAUGGUGAGCUCGCACGUUGCAGAGGGGGAAGGCGGCGGAAGCGGCGGCGCCGCUGCGGGGCGAAAGGGAGCUUCCGGUUCUCGCACACCUGGGGCCUACAUGGGCUCCUCGGCAUCAUUAUCGAGUUCGAAGAAGCGAGCGUUGCCGAGGUCUCUGGGAGUCACGAACCAGCGGGAACCAAACGUUUUCGACAUGAACAGUGACGACGAAAGUAGUGACGGCGGUGGGGGGGUGGUCGGUCGGCCCACGAUGUCACAGCAGUCCGAUCGUCGCCGGGCCUCCAAGAAGAGCACUGGCGCCAACCGCGGUAAGGGGAAGAACAAGGCAAAGGCCCCGAACCCCGCGGACAACCUAGGGCCCACGCGGAGGGUUGCUGCUGCGGCUUGUGAGAAGGUUAGGGAGGAGGAAGAGGAGGAGGAGGAGUCUGUCGGUGUCGAUGUGCGGGACUUGCACACUGACGACGACGACGAUGACGAUGACGACGACCAGAUCGUGGUGACCACGCAAGAGCUUCGGACGGAGAGAGCGAUGGCGGCCAUCCGGAAGGACACCACCCCUGUUUCGGCGGAGGAUGAAGAGGAGGGGGAGGAGGAGGAGCAAGAGGAAGAGGAGGGGGAGCGGGGGCUCCAAGGCGGAGGGGAAGAGGAGGCACAGACACUGGGCAAGGGGGGCAAGGAUGAAAAAGAGGUUGUGGGAGAGGGAGACGAGGAAAUGAAGGAUAGGGAGAAACAUCCAAACAGAGGGGAAGGUCCCGAUGCGGACAAGUCGUCUGAGAUCGACGGGCGAGCGAAUAUCGCGGCGGCGGGUGACAAAGGUCUCGUUGCGGCUGCUGACGGCGGCGUGAAGUCCCCUGAGUGGUUGACGUACAAGGCCAUGGUUUCGUUUCUUGACGUCGAGGGCUGGAAGUGCGUCCACGGCAAGGGUCUUCACACGUGGUUUUAUCUGUUGCCCGGCAAGAACGGGAGGAAUGGGAGGUACGGGUUGGAUUUCCUGGUCUCCGAGGAGGAAGUCGUGCAGCACGUGCGCUGCGACCAGCCGGCCCUCUCCCGUUACAAGGCGUUUCUCGAGGCAAAGGCCAAAGUAGCAGCGGCAGCGGUAGUAGAGGCACCCCCGCCCACAAGCAGCGUUGGAGCGACGGCUGAGCGUGUGGACGACAGCUGCCCCGGUGACGGCGGUGGUGGUGGCGGGCGGCGUGGUGCCGACGGCCCCGUCAAGGCUAGACCUCGGCGCGGCAAGAGCAGCGACGGGGGCGGGGGCAUCGCGGGAUCGAGCGCGGAGGCCAACGUUGACUCCGCUGCCACGCCUGCUGGUGCUCCCUCUGGUGCCGCGCCCGCCGCCCGUCCCGCCACCACGCAAAGGAAGAACAGCCGCGGCACCGGACGAGGGAGUGCCCAAGCUGGUGGGCGGCAGACGGCCGAGGGGCCGGCGUCACGGGAGCUGCCGCCGAACGCAGCGGGAACCAAGCCGGGCUCCGGCACCGGGGACGCCGCCCAAACUGCUUCCACGAAGCGGCGAGCCGGUCACGGCAGGCGGAAAGGAAGCGGCCAGACCGGCGACGGGGGACAGAAGAGCGACGAGCCCGCUGCUCGCGACAAGCCUGCUGCUCGAGGGCGGUCGCAAGGCGCGGUGGAUUGGGUACAGAAGUGGCGGGACGACUGGCCGAAGCUCCAGGAAGAUGGGUGGCACUGGGCGUACGGGAACGGGGUCGUUGAUGGGUGUGUCUACCUCAAGUCUGGCGCCACUAAGAAGACCGGCAGGCUGGGCGUCGACAUGUUCUAUUCCAGGCAGUCUGUCCUCGAGCACGUCCUCGAGUCCGUCCCGAAACAAGCAGACCCCCCUGUGGGUGGUGCCGCGGAGCCCCCGGUCGAGAACGGGGGGGGCAACGCUGACGUCGAUGGCAGGGACGACAACGGGCCCUUCGUCGAGUGGAGCUUGGGGCUGCACAGGGUGCGGAGGCAAAAGGUCCAGCAGACGGAUUCACGGGACAGGACCCCGCCGGACGCGCCCCCAGUCGAGGCCAUGAGCCUGCCAGGCCGGGCGGGCGGGCGUAGAGGCGUCCCGUCUCCGCCCUCCGCGAAGAAGUCUUCGGCUGGGAAACCCGCUGGGCAGGAACAAGCCGGUAGCCGUCAAACCGCGUCGCGAGGGCAAGAAGGCAGCAAGCGCGGGCGAGGACGCCCCCCCACCAUCCCCGAAGGAGACAACGCGGCGCCCGGCCCUGCGACGAAGCGGGGGAGGGUCGGCGUCGCGAAGCGGCCGUCCAGGAAGCCCCGUGGUGGCGGCGAGGGCAGCGAGCAGGGCCUAGAGAUGGGUGGUGAGGACAAUUCGGACGGCGACAGAGAUGAUGACAUGGACGAUGCCCCGACUCAACCGCAGUUUGAGCUAGCGUCUGCGAUCAACAUGGCAGAGGUAGGAAGUCGCAAGGCUGGCAGUGGGGGUUCCGCAACUGCUGGUGCGCCGGCGGCGGCGGAUUUAUCCGCGGGUGGUAAGGAUACGGGCGGUGGACCCGCAGGGGCUCCGAGAGAUGCCGCGAUUACGGGACAGGAGGUGCGCGCGGGUGAAAGUGGCAGCGAGCGCCCGCAGGGUAGCAGGUCGGCCCCACGACCAGCACAUGGAUCUGCCAGGACCAGUGGUGGGAGCCGUAGCAGCGGCGGCGGCGGCGGUGGCGGCGGCGGCGGAUCCAGCAGUGGCAACGGCGAAGUCGCCGGAGGCAUGACAAACGGAACCCCAAAGAGGAAGGUCGCACGCUCGCCUCCGAAUUCUUCGUCUAGCGCACCAGGCGGCGGCAGCGGCGGCGGCGGCGGCAGCGGUGCUAGAAAGAAAAUGCAGCGAUCGCUGACUGCGACCCCCGGUGUUCGGUCGUCGAGCCGCCGGAUCAACGCAGGCCCUUUCUCUGGGCUGGGUGUUGUCCUCACGGGCCUUCGGGGAGAUAUGCGUUGCGAGAUCGAGGCCAGCGUGACGAAGCUGGGGGGGAAGGUGGUCAAGGUCGCAGGCGGCAAGGUUUCCGACGAUGACGGCUGGCUAAGCUGGAUACUCGAGGAAGUCAGGCAGAGCGUGGCCGGCGGCAGGGACCCUAAAAUAGGAGCCGAAGUGGGGGGCAUGCCCAACGGCGACAAGCCCACCCCCCCGCUGCGCCGGAUGAUAACGGUGGCUACUCCGGACAGCGACCGUACCCACAAGUUCCAGCUCGCGCUGGCUGCGGGGAUGCCUAUCGUGCACCCCUCCUGGGUGGGCGCGUGCUCCAGCGUGGCGACAGUCAUCCCUCCUCUGGGUUAUAUAUUGCCGCUGGGACGGUCGGCGCUCGGAGACCGCGGGUUACUCAUGCCUCCCGUCGGGUCGGCUCGAGGCCGGCCGUUCCAGGGCAAGAACAUAAUCUUUUGCGGGGACGGACUGGACGGCGGGAAGAACGCCGUGGAUAACUGGGUGUUCUCCUUGACCGUUGCGGGCGCCACGGUGAUGGUGCUGCACGAGGGCGGCGGCGGCGGCGACGGCGACAAGAAGAAUGCCGGGGCGGCGAGCCCGGGGAAGGAGGCGGGCCGGUGCACCCUCGAGGGCGCCCUGAAGCUGGUCAAUGAUGGCCAGGUUUUCUGCGUGAUCGGUUCCAAGAGCGCCGACGGCGGUUCGGCCUCGGCGUCGACGGCGGCGGUGGAGAGGGCCGCCGAAGUGAUGGGCACGCCCGCGGGGAGCCUGGAGUGGGCCACCCAGUGCAUUAUCCACGGCCGGCUGCUGCUCCCGAACGCCGGAACGUGUCCGUGGUUUCCACUUGGCGGUAGCGGCGGCGGCGGCGGCGGUGGCGGUGGGAGUGGGAGUGGCGCUGGCGUUGGAGGCGGCAGCAGAGACAAGAAGGGCAAGGGUCGUCAACGGGCCGGGCGCGGCAAGGGCGGUCGAGGUGCAGCAAAAGGGGAGGUAGACAUAUCGGGUGAGGCGGACCCCUUCUACGUGCACCUGUCGGGCGGCAAGAGGUACGUUGCCGGGGACUAUGUGAUUCUCCGUAAGGACAAGAGCGCGGCGAUGUCCAGCAACGGCUGUGGGGCGGACGCGGGGACUGGGGGCGGGUCGCGGGUGGCGACGGCGGCGGCGGCGGCGACGGCGGGUGGAAGCGCCGCCGACGUUCCUCCGGCGGUGGCACGCGUUGUUUCGUUCCGGCGGGAGGCGGGGGGGAAGGUGAAGGUGACGGUGACCCCAAUGAAGCGGGGCGAUGGUCCCAAGAUCUUGGUUGCUCCCGGCAGAGAGAAUAGGGAGGAGGAGGAAGAGUUGGACGAUGAUGUGCUGGGGGGCCGCGUUCUCUUACUGCCCAAGGAACUCAUGACGAAGGCCAACCACUACGCCUUUAACGACAGUACCAUAUAUUUUCUCCCGUGUUAGAAGGAGAAUCGUGUGUGUUCCCACAUAAAAGAUUGUGGGAUUGAGGGAGGUUUGCAUCGUGUUUUUAGCAGCUAACGGCGUUUCCUCUGCGCGGCCGUGUCGGAGUCGGAUGGUUUGAUGAGGAGGCUCGUUGGAGAGUCGUCGUCGAGUGUUCGUCGUCGUCAGAUCGCUCGCUUUCAUUAUUAUUUGCGUGUCCCUUGGAAAGAGCGCACAACCAUCCGAUGAAAUGUCAAGCAUGUUGUUGUUCUCGUAUGUAACGUGUGCUGUGCUGUUGUCUUUGUCUGCUUUCUCCAUUGUCUCGGUAAAUCUGUGCCAUGUGUCGUGUUGGUCAGGGUGUACUUGAGCGGGUCUUUCUUGAAUUUUCGAUGUCCUAUAUAUAGCCGUAAAUAAUGAGAGCAUCACAUCACCGCAUAGAGGAGUUGUCCCGAGGGGUUGGCAAGUGAUGGUCUUCCUUUCGGGUGCUGAAAUAUUCCGGUGUACACGGUGCGAAUGUACGUAAAUGAAGUUGGUUGGUGCGCUCUUGGUUCAUGUUCAAUGUUAAUGCGAUGUUUUCGAUGCGCGGGUGAGUGAACGAAGUUCCUCAAAGCUGACGGAUCUUUCAUUGCUUGGGUGAUAACUGCUGCGCCACGGUAUACUUUGGGGUGCGCGUGAAUGGUGUGCAGAACAAGCCUUUCGCUCAAGUAUUGCGGACUGGUUGAGUAGAGGUGGGUACGGCGGGAGCAAGUGUGCAAGAACGAGUGGCGAUGAUUUGGCGCUCCCUUCGCACUGAUUAUUCGACCCACCACGUGUGUGUGCAGUUGUCGUGUAAAAAAGGCAGUUCUUAACCCAGU